AUGCGGCCGGCGCAAGGCGAAACGUCUCGCACUUCCUCCUUGUCCGCGCUCGUGUUAGAAAUCCCUGUAUCUCAGGCCAACGACCACCGAUUCCGAAGGUGUUUGACUUCCGAGGUCCCUCAGGAUAUCCCUUGUCCCAAACACGCCAACGAAAUCCGCAUACGCCCCUAUUUUUCUGCCACGGACAGUCAACGGUACGUCGUCCGUGAACAGGACGGCGGGGACAGAGGAACUUGA